AUGAUACGAACAACAUCUUUACUUGUUUCCAAAAGGCCUAUAUCAAUCAAUACCCCAAUUACGAAUUUCCAACAAGGUCUUUUGGCUGUUUCAUCUGCUUUUGGUGCAUUUUUGAAUCCUGGUAGACAAGAUAUGAUUGCAACAUUAGGAGAAACCACCAGUUCAAUGUUUCUUAGUCGACUUCGAGAUAAUAUGUUAAAAGAUCCUGUUGGUCGUUGCAUAUUAAGAGAACGACCAGUUAUUAAUUCAAAAACUAUUGAUAUCCCUUAUUUGAGAUCUUUACCUGAAGGUACAUUUGGAAAAGAGUAUACUGAUUUUUUAGAUAUGGAAAAAGUUACUCCUGAUUCUCGUGUUAAGGUACAAUACAUUUAUGAUGAAGAAUUAUCAUAUGUAAUGCAAAGAUACCGAGAAAGUCACGAUUUUUUUCAUACUCUUACUAAAUUACCAGCAAAUCUUGAAGGGGAAUUAGCACUUAAAUGGUUUGAAUUAGUUCAAACAGAAUUACCAAUGACAUUUUUAAGUUCAAUAUUUGGACCAAUAUUAUUAUCAUCUGAAGAAAGAACAAAAUUAUUUAGUAAAUAUGUUCCUUGGGCUAUUCAAUGUGGUUCACAAUUAACAAUUGACAAUACAGAAAUUCCAUAA